AAAAAGAUGGAUCUUAUGGUUGGUGAUGAAGCAAGUGAGUUACGCUCAAUGCUGGAAGUGAAUUAUCCAAUGGAGAAUGGCAUAGUUCGGAACUGGGAUGAUAUGAAGCACCUCUGGGAUUACACAUUUGGACCAGAAAAACUUAAUAUUGACACAAAAAAUUGUAAAAUAUUACUCACAGAACCUCCCAUGAAUCCAACUAAAAACAGGGAGAAGAUCGUGGAGGUUAUGUUUGAGACAUACCAGUUUUCCGGGGUAUAUGUAGCCAUUCAGGCUGUUCUUACUUUGUAUGCUCAAGGUUUGUUGACUGGUGUUGUUGUGGACUCUGGAGAUGGUGUAACUCAUAUUUGUCCAGUUUAUGAAGGUUUCUCUCUCCCUCAUCUCACCAGACGGUUGGAUAUUGCUGGGAGGGAUAUCACUAGGUACCUCAUUAAGCUCCUCUUACUGCGAGGGUAUGCUUUCAACCAUUCUGCUGAUUUUGAGACUGUUCGCAUGAUCAAGGAAAAGCUAUGUUAUGUGGGAUACAACAUUGAACAGGAGCAGAAACUGGCAUUAGAGACCACAGUACUAGUUGAAUCCUACACGCUCCCAGAUGGCAGGAUUAUCAAAGUUGGUGGAGAACGGUUUGAGGCGCCGGAGGCUCUCUUCCAGCCUCACUUAAUCAAUGUAGAGGGGGUUGGUGUGGCUGAAUUGCUGUUUAACACCAUCCAGGCUGCUGACAUUGAUACGAGGUCUGAAUUCUACAAGCACAUCGUGCUGUCUGGAGGGUCCACCAUGUACCCUGGGCUGCCUUCACGAUUGGAGCGGGAACUGAAACAGCUCUACCUGGAACGAGUUCUGAAAGGAGAUGUGGAGAAACUUUCGAAAUUUAAGAUCCGAAUUGAAGAUCCGCCUCGUCGAAAGCACAUGGUGUUUUUGGGUGGCGCAGUUCUAGCAGACAUCAUGAAAGACAAAGACAACUUCUGGAUGACCCGACAAGAAUACCAAGAAAAGGGAGUGCGUGUGCUGGAGAAGCUUGGUGUGACUGUUCGAUAGAUCCCAAAGCUUGUUCCCAUCACAUGUCUAAAGCUUUUUUUCUUUCAUUGCCAAUCUCUGAACUCACUCAGCUACAUGCUAUGGAAAGGCCUGUCUGCGGCCUUUUGACCCAAAGGUCAGGUUUUGUUCUGGUUUCUUGGGGUAGCUUUUGUUAAAUGUUUCUUAAUGUGGCUAAAUUUGACUAUUAAAUUUGACCACUUCCCUGCAAAGAAAACAGAGCAAGAGCAGCCUGUCUACUUCAUUGUUCCUUCCCAAUAGGCAAUUGGGUAAUUCUGGUAGGCUUUUUCUUCUGGGUUUAUUGCUGUAGUACUGCUAGCUUUUGUCUCUAGUUCACAAGGGGUUGUGUGCCUUUUUUAGCAUAAGAAACCUUUAAACAGGAGUUUUUUGCUAUUGGAUCAUAGUGGUGGUUAUCCUUGCAUCUUUUUGCGU